UCGGACGUCCGCCCGCCUUUGGAUGUGUCACGCAGCUUUUCGUAAAAUAAACUUUGUGAAAACUCUACUAAAUAAAGUUAAUAAUAGUGCAAUUGUUUUCUAGUGGUGGAACUCAAUUCUGGGGGAAUCUAAUUGGACUUACGGAGAACCUCGACCCAGAAUGCGGUGGAACGCAGCGGCAGCAGUAAGAUAGCUAAGAUGGUUAUUGAAAGUACUAAGGCACCAUGGAAGAGGUAGCGGUGUGUGGGAGACAGAUAUAGACCAUUGCAUUGGGAUGAACGGGACGGACGAUCGCGAGGAGAUGGCGGUGGAGCUCGCUUUGAGCGUAGCUGUUACUGUCAUCUCCGCCAUUGGCUUACUGCUGAACGUGUAUAUUUUAUUCAUUAUCGUUAUAACGAAACAGCCAGCAUCAGCUUCAUCGGUGCUGUUGGUGCAUCUUGGGGCAGUGGGUGCGUUAGCUAGCGGCGCAGCGCUAUGUGGGGGGAGCGGAGCGUGUGUCUGCGGGGCGAUGCUGCACGCACUCCACCCAUUGCAGCUCUGGACUGUGUGCGGGCUGCACGCAGAUAGGGCAGCUGCUAUCGCUGCACCGUUGCAUUACGCCGCUAUAGUUUCUGCGAAAAAGGUACUAAUUUGUGUAGUCAGUGGAUGGGUUGCAACUGCUGCUCUUCUGGCGCCUCUCGCUGCUGCUCAGCCUCCCCUGACCUAUAAUGCUGGAUUGGGAGGGUGCGCUCCUGAUUGCGGUGCUGGACCAUCUGCACUUGGAUUUUGCUUAGUAUACGCCUUGUUGACUUUACUUCUGCCAACCGCCCUGGUACUUGCAUGUAGUUUGAAAAUUUUACGCAUCGCUCGUUAUCACAGGCACCGAAUAGCUGCAGCUAUAUACGAAGUGACAUUAUCAGCCCAAGUGACUGUUACACACCAACGUAAUCCAUUCUCACCACCUCCACCUCCAAGACGAAGAGCUCUUUCAGCAGUUCUUCAACCGCUAGGAUCGCUAGCUAUACUGUAUUUUCCAUAUUAUUGUAUAUUAAUAUGGCCGGCUGUUGCAGUUCCACCUAGACUUCUGGCUGCGUUAUCGGUAGCUCUUUUAGCAGCAGCUCCCCCUGUUAAUGGUAUUUUGUAUGGAAUUCGAAGUCGCGCUUUAAAGGAUUCUUUGCGGAACUAUCGAAGAAAACGGAUGACCAAAAGCGAGGUGACGCAGGAAAUUCAGGCCCGAACACCAAGUGCAUGUGGUUCUAGACGCCCUUCCUUAUCAGCUGGUUCCGGUUGUAUAAGGCCACCGACAACUCGGAGACUAUCAGAUGCAGCUGCUAUGGGUGCCCGAGGAAGUGAGCGUCCGGCACCAAGAGCUGCUUCGUGUAACAUGCUCCAGGAUCAGCAGGAUGAGGAAGCACCAAGAAAUCGAACAUCAGCUAUUCCCUUAAUACGCGCACCUCCACAUGUUGUACUUGGUCGAGCACUGGGACUUGAAGAAGGCAUGAAUAGAGAUCGUCGUCGACGUCAAUCCCCAAGGAUCACUGUAACCCGUGCAAUGUCUGACGAAUGCGAGUCCCCUUCUCGUCGUCCACUUUGUAGACAGCACUCACGCUCUAGUGGAGCUCUUCUUGGGACCAUGUCAUAUUCUCCUGCACUAUCUGAAAAUGUAAAACUAGAAAGUUCUGCUGAUGAACAAUUGCUAUUAUCAUGGCCGCAGCGCGCUCAUAAUAAAAAUCAUGACAUUUUAUAAGACGGGUAACUAAAUCUAGGAAUAAUAAAAAAUGCGCAUAAUUAAAGACAAUAAAAUGUGCAUAAGUUGAGGCCAGUUCACAAUAUUAUCUGUAAGAUUAAUUUUUAAUAUGCUUUGUAUUUUCUCCCCGACCAAACUGUGACCAAAGAUGUUUCCUAUCUCUUUACUAUUCUAUAUAGGUGUAAUGAUUUAUCUUACAGGGUUCCUCCAUAUCGUUAGCUUUACUGAAGUAUUA